UGCAGUGACGGUUUACAGAAAACGUCAAAACAUCUGACUUGCGCAAGGUUUGAUCUGUAAAGCAUUGAUGCUAAAACGAAACAAUUCGACUAUCUAUAUUGUAGGAUAUUUUUUUAUUCAUUCACCCGUAUGACUUUUACCUUUGCUUUUACAAAUGAUUAAUCCACACUGAAAUAUGGAAGACCAAACAACUUCUGUUCGGGAACAGCACACGUUCAACAUCUUCAGCGAUAUCUAGCUGGAAAGAUAUCUAGCUGGAAAGACAUAAGGAGUGUCGAACAAUGACAAGCUCACUGUCAGACAUGGCAGUUAACCUUCCGUGUCUGGUCAUUUCAGUGCUGGACAGUCCAACCCCACUUUCCUUAUCCAGACACCUUCUGACCGCUAUAUCCUGAGAAAGAAACCACCUGGUAUGCUGCUACCAGGGGCUCACAAGGUGGACAGAGAGUAUCGGGUGCAGAAGGCCUUGUUCUCUGCUGGGUUCCCAGUAACCCAGCCUGCAGAGGAGAGGGCAGCCCUGUUUGUGGCAGCAGGGGAGGUUCUGGCCCAUCUUCACUCCCUGGACCUAACCACCCUGGACCUAGAGGGGUACGGGAGAGGGCCUGGCUACUGCAAGAGACAGGUAGAGGAUGGAUAUCCUCCACAAAUUCCCAUCCCAUACUUUAUUUUACCAUUUAUUACCCAGAAUUGGCUGAUGAGCAACAUGUCCACCAAUGACAAUAAUGAAGUGGCCCUCGUCCAUGGGUAUUUUCGAGUGGACAACCUGAUAUUCCAGCCUACUGAGGCACGUGUGGUGGCUGUGUUGGACUGGGAGGUAUCCACCACGGGCCAGCCAAUGGCAGACCUGGCCUACUUCCUGAUGCCCAACUAUUGGCCCAGUAGCCUCAGAAUCCACAACAGCAUGGGCAGCCUGAAGGGUGUGGAGGGUGUACCCACUCCUGAGGACCUGAUCUCCAUCUACUGCCGCUGCCGGGGGAUCCCAUCCUCUCUGCCUCAGCUAAACUUCUACCUGGCCCUCUCUGUCUUUAAGAUGGCAGGGAUUGCUCAGGGGAUCUAUGCCUACCACCUCCUGGGCAAUGCCAGUGCUCCGAAUGCCGCUCAGUUUGGCCAGAGUGUGGAGCCAUUGGCCCAGGUUGGGCUGCAGAUUGCAGAAAGUUAUGUUGGUUCACAUGAUACUAAAACUACACCCUAUCAUCGCUUAAUAGUACUACUUAAGUAUUUUUUGGGGGUAUCUGUACUUUCCUUUACUAUUUAUAUAUACUUUUACUUUUACUUUUACUUCACUACAUUCCUAAUGACAAUUAUGUACUUUUUACUCCAUACAUUUUCCCUGACACCCAAAAGUACUCGUUACAUUUUGAAUGCUUAGCAGGACAGGAAAAUUGUCUAAUUCACACACUUAUCAAGA